AUGUGUGGUAUAUUACUUUGCUAUGGGCCAAGUUUCAAAGCUGAAAAUGACCGGUUACUGGAGUUUUAUGAGGAUGAAGUUCCCAGGUUAGGUUACGAUGAUAAUAUUGAAUCAAUUGUGAAAUUGGUAAGAUGUAGAGGACCAAACUACUGCUCUAUGAGACAAAUAAAAGAUGUUAAUUCCAUUUGGAUAUCCUCUGUGCUAUCGCUACGUCAACCGUUUACUAAACAAAGCAUAGUUAUUGGAAAUAAGUAUGUGUUACAAUUUAACGGCGAGUUAUAUAAUGACGAAAUAAUUGAAAGUGGGAAUGAUACACAAUUUUUAUCUGGACUAUUGAAAAAAUGUAUUUCUGAAGAUGAUAUCUUCAACAUUUUACAUGGCUUAGAUGGGGAAUUUGCGUUCACAAUACAAGAUUUAGAGAACAAUCUAAUAUACUUUGGUAGAGACACUAUAGGUAAAAGGAGUUUGUCAUAUUCAUUAAACUACAAUAUUAGUGAGUUGAUAGUUACUAGUGUAUCUGGAAGUGAUAAUGGUAGUAGAAUAUUUAACGAUUGUGUGGCAGGGGUCAUUUAUAAAUAUGAUAUUGAUAGAAACAUUCUUGAUACAACAAGCACUCUUCGAAAACCUUGGUCAAUCACAAGAGAACAUGAUGAUGACAUGACACAUAUUGACACAUGUACCAAGAAUUUAUAUGACUUACUAAGCGGUGCUACAAGAAAGCGAGUAGAGUCUAUACACCCUUUACAUAUAGAGAAUUCACCUAUAUCAAUCCUUUUUUCAGGAGGGCUUGACUGUUCAGUUAUAACUGCAAUCGUAUGUGAGACAUUAAUCUCUAGGAAUAUGCAUGAUCAUGCAACCAUUGAACUUCUUAAUGUUGCUUUUGAAAACUUGAGGACAGGAAUGAUGCCACAAGAUGCACCAGAUAGGCAACUUGCAGUAAAAAGUUACUCGGAACUCUGCGAAAAGUAUCCAAAUAUUAAUAUCAAGCUUAUAGAAGUUGAUGUGUCCUAUGCUGAAUAUAUGAAACAUAGACCAGAAGUAGUCGAUUUGAUGUACCCUAAAAAUACCGAAAUGGAUUUAUCAAUCGCAAUUGCCUUUUAUUUUGCAUCUAGAGGAGACGGCUUUAUUACUGAUGAAAAUGGUGUCAGAAAAGAAUAUAAAAGGAAGGGACUUGUUUUAUUUAGUGGACUUGGUGCUGAUGAGCUAUACGGAGGAUAUUAUAAACUGAGCAAUAAGCACGAAGAUGAAUUGGCUAACGAACUGACCACACAGAUCAAUAAUAUUUACCGCAGAAACUUGAAUAGAGACGACAAGGUGAUAGCCUCCAACGGUGUGGAGGUACGCUACCCAUUCUUAGCAGAAGAAGUGGUAGAGUUCUCUACUGCGAGUAUUCCUUUAAAUUACAAGAGGGACAAGAUGAUCUUAAGAAACAUUGCAUCUUCCAUCUUGGGUUUACAUGGUUUAUCGGCAGAAAAGAAGAGGGCUAUUCAAUUCGGGGCAAAAUCAGCUAAGAUGACAAAGAACGGUAAUAAAAACGGUACUGAUCUGCUCUGA